AAGAGGGAGAAGGCAUUCCCUAAGUGAGGGCAUUAUUUUUGUGACCAUCAGCAAGAGCCUUCCAAGUGCUCUCGGGCUGGUCUUCCAACGCUCAACGCUGUUCAUUUCUCUUGGGUUUUCCCACCAUGCCUACGAGGGCAAUGCCGGUAUAUCAACAGACACAAAAACAAGUCAGCCAAGAAUAUCACAGCUCUAAACAUGUUACCCAGCAAAUCUCAUCAAGGAAAUCAAGCUCGGUGAAGUCAGUGAAGAAGGAGCAGGUCGAGGCCACUCAGGCUAUGGCGGAACCAGCCUAUAAGGUGCCAGCUUUCAGGGAGAGGGAACCUGAAGGAAUGCAGGAGUAUCAGCGCAUGGCUGCUCAUUUUGGAAGAGACCUGAGUACCCUGCAGCAGGAGCUGCACAGGAUGAGGGUGGCCACUCAUGAACAAGUGGAGAAUAUUGAGAUUACAAGAGAGGUGAGGGAGAGGAUGUCAGUGAGGAGGGAGUAUCAUACUGACACACCCAAAGUCCCAGAAUUCCUGGUAGGUCUGAGGUCUCACACUGUGUGGGAGAAGACUCCAGUUAAACUCCUCUGCACUGUGUCUGGCGCCCCCAUCCCCAUCGUCAAAUGGUAUAAGAAUAAUGUUCCCAUUGACCCUCUGAGUGCACCUGGAAAGUACAAAAUUGAGAAAAAAUAUGGAGUACAUGGUCUGAUUAUUAGCAGAUGCUCAGUAGCAGAUUCUGGUGUGUAUAGUGCUGUGGCUACCAACCCUGAGGGAAAGGUCACCUCUAAAGCCACAGUGUGUGUGAGAAGACCAGCCGGAGCAGGAGAGAGCGCUCAUCUGCCAGGCCAAGUGCCCUUGCUGAGUGGUAUCCAUCGUAGCAAGUUGGAGGUGACCCUCCUGGAUAGGUUUGGAGUGACAUUUGGCACUGAGGGCGAGUCAUUGACCUUGGUUUCCACCAUGGUUGUGGUGCCUGACCUUCCUAACCUGCCACCAGAGGCUUUGUGGUAUAGAGAUGAUACCCUGCUGAAGCCAUCCAGAUGGGUUGAGAUGUCUGUUGGUGGUGGUGCUGCCAAGCUCACUUUUCCUCACCUAAAUAAGGAUGAUGAGGGUCUGUACACCCUCCGCAUCUGGACCAAGGAUGGAACCACUGAGCACAGUGCUUACCUGUUUGUCAAAGAUGCUGCUCCCUCAGCGGUUGGGGCCCCUGGAGCUCCUAUGGAUGUCACAGUCUCUGAUGUCAAUAAGGAUUACGUCCUGGUCUCCUGGAAACCUCCCAACACUACUAAUGAACCUCUUAUCACUGGUUACUUUGUGGACAGGCGCAAGUCUGGAACUAAAGACUGGGUCCAGUGCAAUGACUCUCCAGUUAAAGUGUGCAAACUCCCUGUGCAUGGGCUUACCGAGGGGGCCUCCUACCACUUCCGGGUCCGGGCUGUGAACAGUGCAGGCAUCAGCCUGCCCUCCAGAAUGUCCACUGGAGUGACUGCUGCAGAGGUGGAAAGCGAUGUGGAAGGAGUUCCCUCGGCUCCAGGCCAGGUGAUAGCUUCCAGAAACACCAAAACCUCUGCAUUUGUGCAGUGGGAUUCCCCCAAAAACCCAAGCAACCUUAUGGGCUACUAUGUGGAUUGCUGUGUUUUUGGCUCCAAAGUCUGGAGCCCCUGUAAUCACAGACCCUAUAAGCACACCAGGUUUGUGGUCCACGGCCUUGCUCCUGGUGAAACGUAUAUUUUCCGUGUCCAGGCAGUGAAUGCCUAUGGCCUGAGUGAGGAGUCUCAGGAGUCUGCUCCCCUCUUCAUUGAUGCUGCUCUCACUGCUCCUUCUGCCCCAUAUGGCAUCACUCUGCUAAGCUGUGAUGGAUCCUCCAUGACCCUGGCUUGGAAACGCCCUAAAAACACUGGAGGAACGAGGAUCACCUCUUAUUAUGUGGACAAACGUGAAGCAGGUUCUCUCAACUGGAAAGAGGUCAGCCACAGUCCUGCCACUAGCAGGGUAUAUAAGGUGGAGAACCUGACUGCUGGAGUGUUCUACGAGUUUAAGGUCCAGGCUGGCAAUCUAGCUGGUGUUGGUCUGCCAUCUGAACCCAGUAAGGCCUUUGCCUGCGAGGAAUGGACCAUGCCUGAGCCAGGCCCAACAUAUGACCUCAGUUUCUGGGAGGUGCGGGACCACUCUCUCCUGCUGCAGUGGAGGGCUCCCGUGUACUCUGGUGCCAGCCCCGUCACUGGUUACUUUGUGGAAAUGGCCAAGAAGGGAUCGUCUGAUUUUGUCACGGUGAAUGCCGAGCCUGUGAAGCAUCGUUACCUGAAGAUAUCUGGUCUGGAGACUGGAGCUUGGUAUGUGUUUAAAGUACGUGCUGUGAAUCUAGCAGGGAAAGGAAAGGCCUCAGAUGUAUCUGACGCUGUGUGUGCAAAGGCUCUGCCAGGUAUCAAGGAGAUUGAGUGUGGUGUGGAUGAGGAAACUGGAGAUAUUUUCCUGUCCUUUGAGGCUUCUGAGGUUUCUGAGCACUCAAAGUUUACUUGGUCAAAGUCCUACAAAGAAAUCACUGAAUCCAACAGAGCGUCUGUCUCAGCUGUGGGAAGACGCUCCAGGCUGACAUUUGUUAACCCAGAGAAGGAAGAUUUGGGCAUCUACUCCGUGGCUGUGUCUGACACAGAUGGAGUAUCUUCCAGUCACACUAUCACUGAGGAGGAGCUCAACAAAAUGCUUGAACUCAGCUACAAUAUCAGACAUCCAAUUGUUCCCCUGAAGACAGAGCUGAACUAUGAGGUUUUGGAGAAGGGCCAUGUGCGUUUCUGGCUGCAGGUCCAGAAGAUGUCUUCUGCUGCAUCCUACAGAUUCAUUGUUAAUGAUAAGGAGGUCACCAGCGGUGAGGGUCAUAAGAUCAGCCACGAUACUUCCACAGGACUCAUUCAGAUGACCAUUGAGCACUUCACCAGGGCCAAUGAGGGCACAUACACCCUUCAGAUCCAUGAUGGAAAGGCCAAGAAUCAAAGCUCCCUGGUGCUUGUGGGAGAUGUCUUCAAGGCUGUACUGAAAGAGGCUGAAUUCCAGAGAAAGGAACACAUCAGGAAACAAGGCCCUCAUUUCUCAGAAUAUUUGACCUUCCAUGUGGAUGAAGACUGCACAGUUAUGCUUGUUUGCAAAUUGGCCAAUGUGAAGAAAGAGACCACAUUUGCAUGGUUUAAAGAUGAUGAAGAAAUUACCCUUGAUGUUGCACCUAACCCGAUGUCUGGAACCUGUGCUCUUCCUAUCCCCCUGUUCUCCAGAAAAGACCAGGGAGUGUAUAAAGCUGUACUAGCUGAUGAUCGUGGAAAAGAUACAUCUGUUUAUGACAUUUCUGGCCAAGUAUUUGAGGAUAUUGUCAAUGCCAUUGCCCACAUUGCUGGCUCUUCUGCUUCUGAACUGAUGUUGCAGUGCACUCCAGAGGGCAUCAGGCUGCAGUGCUACAUGAAGUACUACACAGAAGAGAUGAAGACCAGCUGGUUUCACAAGGAGAGUAAGAUCGCCUCCUCAGAAAAGAUGAGAAUUGGAGGCACCUCUGAGAUGGCCUGGAUGCAGAUCUGUGAGCCCACUGAUAAGGAGAAGGGUCAUUACAGCAUUGAGAUCCACGAUGGCAAAACUUCCCACACACGUAGCUUUGACCUCUCUGGACAAGCAUACAAUGAUGCCUAUGCAGAAUUCCAAAGACUCAAGGCUGCUGCAUUUGCUGAGAAGAACCGUGGCAGAGUAGUGGGUGGACUGCCAGAUGUUGUGACCAUUAUGGAGUAUAAGACCCUGAGUUUGACAUGCACAGUGUGGGGUGACCCUAAGCCAGAGGUUACCUGGUUUAAGAAUGAGCAGGAAGUUGUGUCUGAUGACCACAAUCAGAUCUCCUUUGAGAGUGGCAAGUUCGCCAGCCUGACCAUCAAGAAUGUCACUGUGGAGGACUCCGGCAAGUACAGCAUCAAUGUGCGCAACAAGUAUGGUGGUGAGUUUGUGGAGAUCACCGUCAGCGUCUACAAGCAAGGCGAGCAGAUCCCUGAACCCAAACUGGGACAGAUGGCUAGACCUACCCCAAUACCCGCUUCACACGCACCACCAUCCAAACCUCAAACUCCUGCACCAUCCGUGAAGGCCCCAACGCCCGCUCCACCCCCAUCUGUUAAAUCUCCAACCCCUACACCUCCUCCAUCCGUAAAGUCCCCUACCCCAGCUCCAAAAUCCCCAACCCCACCAAGAAGUGCCAAGUCCCCCACCCCACCCAGGUUUAUGAGGUCCCCAACUCCCACUAAAAAGUAAACAAAAGGCUUUUGCUCUUAAAGUUAUGUUUCAGAUAUUGAUAAUGCAAUUGUAGUGCUUGAUAACAACAUUAAAAUAACACUGACCUCCA